AUGAGUGGCAUAAUAUUAGAGAAAAAUCAACUUACACUUAUUUCUAUAGCUGAAACCGCUAAAUUUUACACUUCAUUAUGUCUCGGAGUAACGGCUUUCAUAUCAGUAUUUGCAUUUCUUUUUUUAAUACCAUUCGUAGUUGAACCAGGAUUCUCCAGUCUCAUGGCUGAUUAUGAACCUGAGCCCGUCACAUGCAUUGCUACAAAUCAUGUAUAUGCGGAAGGUAUUUCGAAUUGCUCUUGGGCAUCAUGUCGUGAAGGCUGUACAAGAGAAGCAACUCGUUGUCAUCAAAUUUAUGUCAAUUAUUCAAAAAUUCCGUUUAGUAAGUUUAAAGCAUCAUCUAAUGUCUAUUGGGAUGUAGCCGACACUCGAUUCCUUAUCAAUACUGAAGGAUGUGGUUAUCCACCUUCCGUAAACUGUUCCCAGUUUGCCCGCCAAUAUGGUUACCACAGUGCGGGUACCCCCUUCCCAUGUUAUUACAGUCGAGUCUAUCCCGAAAUGGUUGUUGCUCGCUAUUCUUGGGAUGACACUUUACGUCAUUUGGUACUCUCAAUUGCCGUACCGAACCUUUUAUUUGCGGCUUCAAUCGGAGUUUUGAGCUACUGGUAUUGUCCUGGUUGUGGCAGAUCCUGUCAAAAAUAUAUGCAUCACUUUCCCACUGAGGAUGAAGAUUAUGAUGAAAAUCCCUACUAGCAUUGAUAUUGAUACUGGCCUCGAAAUUUUUAGAUCCUCUUAACACUUGCUUUCAUAUUAGGGUUAAUAAAUCAAAUCACAUUAUUUUACUUUUACAAAUAAAAUGUUCGUUAGUACAAAAUAUUAUGUUACAUGAACUAUUUAAAAUGUAAAUAAUUUCAAUAAUAAAAUAAAAUGUAUUGUUAUUGGUUUA